CAGGAGUACCUAACAAGUCCGUGUCAGUUAGUAACUGACACUAACUGCCCACACAUAUAAUAACUAGUUCAACAAUAACAGUCAUAGUUAGAUAAUAUCGCAGCUGGUUAAGCUGCUGGCUCGUGUGACGUCAUUUGACAAUCAGUCCACUUCACGUCGCGCGUGAGCAUCGGCGAUGCUCUUUGGUGGACCAGCUCGCGCCAGCUACGCCUCCGGGCAGGCUGCCGCUCACGAGCCCGCUGCUGUCUCCGUGUCUCACACGAACGAGCGACGGCAACGGGACGUUGCAUCUGGGAUUCACGAAGGACAAUGUGGUGCUGCACGUAGCCGGCGACGCUCUCUGUGAAAGUAAAACAAAGAGCUCGAGACACCGACACGCCGAAGUUUCGUGGGACCAUGGAUGCGACCUGCAGUGCUGCUGCUGCCGCCGGUUUGACGGUGCAGGUGUGCUUCCCCGGCGCCCGCGCCGCCGUCCUGGACAACCUGAACCGGCAGCGGGAGGAGGGCCGGCUGUGUGACCUCUCCAUCCAGGUGCAAGGCCAGGUGUUCCGGGCCCACCGCUGUGUGCUCGCUGCCUCCUCGCCUUACUUUCACGACCAGGUGUUGCUGAAGAACGUCACGACCGUGUCCCUCCCCUCGGUCAUGGACCCGGUGGCCUUCGAGAGCGUCCUGAGCUCGGCCUACACGGGCCAGCUGAGCAUCGUGCACGAAGACAUCGUGAACUACGUCACCGUGGCCAGUUUCCUCCAGAUGUGGCACAUCGUGGACAAAUGCACGGAGAUCCUGAAGAGGCCCCGCCCCCCGGCAGAAGCCGCCCCCGGGGAGGCCGCCGCGGCCCACCCCGGCACCGCGUCGCGCCAGCAGGCCCCGAGCAGCACCGACUGCCUGUACCUGGAAAGGGAGGGAAGGAGGAAGGAGAGGAAGCCGGACGCCCUGCCCCCCUUAGCCACGUGGCGGCGUCCGCAGCAGUUUCCCAGGUGGGGGCGACCGCGGCCCCCGUCGGCCCAGCACUUAGCCGACUCCCAGCUGGACGCCCUCGCCACCUACGCGGGGAUCGAGUACGCCAACUGCGAGGAGGCGUGGCUAUCGAGCCACGGCAAAGCGAGCCACUUCGCUCACGACGGACCGGGCCACAACAGCCGGUACCACGGGGGGUUCCCCGGCGGCGAGGCCCUGAAGCAGAAAGCCCGGUUUCAACAGCGGGGCGGGCCGCCCGACAAGAACAGAGAGAGCGGGGACGGCGACGACACGCAGGAGAAGAGGAGGAAGGAGAAGAGAGAGAUCGAGGCAGACGAGGGAGUCGGAGAAGCGGCGGCGGCGGAGAGGAAGGGAGCAGGCUUUGCACCAAUGGGGCACUGCGACUUCCGCCCCAUUUCAGACGAGAGCGUCGGACAAGCCGCGGGGAAGGCGAGCGUGGAGGAGAUCAAGGAGAAAGUGCAGAGGAUCUUGGCAGGAAGAGACCCCCCCUCGGCCCCUCCCGGUGGCCCCACCUGUCCCGCCUCCACCCGGCUGCAGUGGCCCUGGUCUCAGCCGGAGCCGGGCCCGCAGGACGGAGAGGGCGGCAGUAAAGACGAGGACGAAGACGACAAGGAGGAGGACGCAGACUUUGAAUGUUUCACGGAGGCGCCGUUUAGCCGCGGCACGUACGACGAGAUUGCAGACGGCACGGGGCAGGUGUCCCAGAGGCCUCUAGUGCCCGCGUCCCCCGACUUCACCGCGGCGGGGUCGGAGGUCAACUGGCCCUCGGCCGGCACGGCUCCGGGCGGCUCGUCGACCCCCGCCCCGAGCCGCCACCUUUCCGCCGCGUUCCCUCCGCCCUCUUCGCCGCCCUCGCCCCCGACGCCGUCGUCGUCCUCCUCGGUGUCCCUCGCCGGCGCCCCCUACACGGGCAAGGUCCACUUCUGCCACUGCGGCAAGGCCUACACCCUGAAGAGCAUGCGCGACCGGCACGUGAAGAUGCAGCACCUCAACCUGCGGCCCUUCGGCUGCCCGGUGUGCACCAAGUCCUUCAAGAUGAAGCACCACCUCACCAAGCACCUCAAGACCCACGGCGGGCUGCGGCCCUACGAGUGCGGCCUGUGCGGGAAGAAGGUCAUCUGGAGGGACAGCUUCCUCCGGCACCAGGCCCGGUGCGAGAGGCUCGCCGCCGCCGGUGGCGGCGACGCGAGCGCGCCCGCGGCGGGCCCGGACGACGGUUUCGGCUACGGGUUUGACGACGGCGAGGGCUUUCUCGCCACGGGAGUCAAGGUGGAGGAGGUGGACUUCCACAGGGAGAUGGAGGAGGGCAUCCGCGGCCUCCUGGGCGGCGUGGGCGGCGUGGCGAGCGAGCUCCGGACUCAGAACCUGGAUGCGGAUAGUCACGUGUUCAAACAGGAGGCGAGGGAGAGCUUCAGUGGAAGUUAAACGCUCGUGGGAAACUAGCGUGUAAACAAACGUGUGACGUGUGACUAUGACGGAGACAUGUGACGUGUGACGGAGACAUGUGACUAGGGAUGGGUAUCGUUUGGGUUUUUUCCGAUACCGGUGCUAAACCGGUACUUUUAAAACGAUACCGGUGCCUAAACGGUGCCUGAACCGAUACUUUUUUUUAAAACGCACAAUAAGGACAUUAAAAACCUCUUUGGCCAUAUUCCCUGUAGAAGCCGUUAUCAUGGAGCACUGACACACAACGGAUAUCAGACUGUUAACAUACACAAUAUAUGUUCUCCAUUAUAUGAUGUGAUAUGUAUUGUCAUGUGCAGACCUUAUAGGGUUAAUCCUGUCACUGUUUUGAUGGGCAAAGAGAACAACCAAUCAGAGGGACUGAAGAUGACACGUGACAAAUAAAGUUUUGCUUCUGACAGCGAGAGUUCCACUGAAACAAA